AUGGCGGCCUCCAUCCUCCCCGGCCUGAUCUCAGGUGCCGCAUUCGGCGCAGCCCUGGCGGGUGCGGGAGUAUAUCAGCCGUCGGUCAUCAUGGCACAGCUUGAGCUGGAAGACUUCCACAUGUUGCAAACCCUACUGACGGCCACAGCUGGGAGUGCUGUCCUUGCAUCCCUCCUCCAGGGCCUGGGAUACGUGAAGCUCAGCCCGCGCAGCUUCUCGUCGUUCAACCUCGUCGGCUCGGCAGACGCCAACGUCGUUGGAGGCGCCCUUCUCGGCGGCGGCAUGGCCCUGGCCGGCUCCUGUCCGGGAACGGUGGCGACGCAGAUCGGGCUUGGCAUCCCGUCGGGAUACUGGACGCUCGUCGGCGGCGUGGCGGGUGGCAUCGUCUGGACGGGAUUCUUGCGGCCGUGGAUGGCUCGUCGCAACGCCCAGGAGCCCGCCAAGACGGCCGGGGAGAAGCCGUGUCUGACGCUCCACGAGUGCGUCGGGGUGAGCCCACGGGUUGGGUUGGUCGUCUUUGAGGCGCUGGCCGCCGCCGCCAUCGGGGCGGCGCUGAACGUCAACACUCUGAGCGGCAACGCCGGCACCCGGCGGCAGAUGGAGCCGGUAGUGGGCGGGUUACUGAUCGCCGGGGCACAGCUCGUCUCGCUGCUCGUCCGCCGGUCGAUGUUGGGGACGUCGACCGUCUUUGACGAGCUCGGCGACCUUUUCUGGUGGGCUGUUUCCGGCGGGCAGAGGCCAAAGUCGAUGAGCGCGCUGGUGUUCGUCAGCGGCAUCAUUCUCGGAUCUGCCGCCCUGGCGAGGGCGCUGCCCACGGCUUUGGCUGGCACCGGGCUCAGCGGCGUGUCGGCCACGAGGGCCGCGCUGGGCGGCUUCGCCAUGGCCGUCGGGUCCAGGGUUGCGGGCGGCUGCACGGCGGGCCAUGGUAUCAGUGGCAUGUCGCUCAUGUCGGUGUCGAGCAUAAUAACGGUCGCGUCGAUGUUUGUCUCUGGUGUUGCGGUUACCAAAGCAUUGUCUUUUUGA